ACACUUGUUCUGAAUUGUAAUCUCCUCUUUACUUCAAAAUGUUGAAAAUCUUCAUAAAAUUUUCUUCUUUAAUAAAGACCCCAAAGACUAUUAUUAAAUUACCAAGUUGAUUUUCUUGAAACAUAAUCCCAUUUCCAAUUUUGCACAUAUGGCUCCCUGUUUCCUUUCCUCUGCUUUGGCUUUGCUAUUACUGUUUGUAGCAGAGCUUCAUGGCUCUAUAGUGUCUGGUCGUGUUAUUUUGGGUUCAAGAUUGUUAGCUAAAGAGAACCAAGCAUGGUUUUCUGACAAUGGAACUUUUGCUUUUGGUUUCUCCCCAGCAGUGGACUCUAAUGAUCAAUAUCAGUUGGCAAUUUGGUUUGCACAAUUACCAGGAGACACAACAUUUGUUUGGUCUCCUAAUAUAAAUUCCCCAGUCAGCAAAGAUGCAAUCUUGGAGUUUGACACCACAGGAAAUCUCUUGUUGAUGGAUGGAGACACCACAGUGUGGGCAUCAAACACCUCUCAAGCAGGCGUUGAGUUGGCUGUCAUGUCUGAAAAUGGCAACUUCAUUCUCUACAGCAACAACCUAAGUAUUGCAUGGCAAAGCUUUUCACAUCCAUCUGAUACUCUCUUGACUGGUCAAUCCUUAACAGUGUCACUAGAAUUAACAUCAUCAAAAUCACCUUCUCAUGGUGGUUACUACACGUUAAAAAUGUUGCAGCAGCCUACUUCACUAAGCCUUGCAUUGACCUAUAAUAUCCCCAACUCCUAUGAUUCGUCGCCUGAAUUUUACAGCAAUUUUUCUUAUUGGUCAGGACCUGAAAUAUCAAAUGUGACUGGAGAUGUUACUGCAGUAUUGGAUACAGCAGGAAGCUUUGGUAUAGUUUAUGGUUCAUCUUCAGAUGGAUCAGUUUAUGUAUAUAAAAAUGAUGGAGAUUAUGGAGGACUAUCAUCGGUUGUAAAUCAAACGAAUUCCAAUGUUCCAUCUAUUCUUCGUCGAUUAACCCUCGAGGUUAAUGGAAAUUUACGUUUGUGUCGAUGGGAUAAUGAUGUGAAUGGAUCAAGGCAAUGGGUUCCAGAGUGGGCUGCUGUGUCUAAUCCAUGUGAUAUUUCUGGAGUUUGUGGCAAUGGGAUAUGUAAUUUAGACAGAAGCAAAACAAAUGCUUCUUGCACAUGUUUGCCAGGGACUUCUAAGGUGGGAAAUGCUGUCUCAUGUACAGGAAAUCCUUCAGUGUCGAGGAAAUGUGGACCUCAGCAUGAAAAUUUGAUGUCCCAGUUCAAGAUUUCUACAGUUCAGAAAACUAAUUAUUAUUUCUCAGAAUCAUCUGUCAUAGGAAAUUAUAGUGAUAGAGGGUCACUAUCCAAAUGUGGUGAUGCUUGCUUAUCAAACUGUGAUUGUGUUGCUUCUGUUUAUGGCCUUAGUGAGGAAAAGGCUUAUUGUUGGUUAAUCAGGAGCUUGGAAUUUGGUGGAUUUGAGGAUCCUGUUUCGACCUUAUUUGUGAAGGUUGAGGCCAAUGCCUCAGUAUCUGGAGCAAGUGGUAACAGAAAACGUGGGAAUUCAUCAGAUGGGUUGGAGAGUGGGCACGAUAAGGUUUUGAUACUUCCUAUAGUCCUGAGUAUGACUGUUCUCAUUUUGCUUCUCUGUUGCUUAUUGUAUAUCAAUAUCCAUAGGAGAAGAUCUAUUAAAAGGGCACUUGAGGGCUCUUUGCUGCUGUCAGGAGCUCCAAUUAGUUUCAGCUAUCGCGACCUGCAAUGUUGGACUAACAAUUUUUCCGAGUUGCUUGGAACAGGUGGAUUUGGCAGUGUGUACAAGGGAAGCUUAAGGGAUGCAACAUUGAUUGCAGUAAAGAAACUUGAUAAAGUUUCACCUCAUGGGGAGAAGGAAUUUAUAACUGAGGUCAAAACCAUUGGCUCUAUGCAUCAUCUGAACUUGGUUCGUCUAUGCGGAUACUGUUCUGAGGGAACCCAACGGCUACUAGUUUACGAGUACAUGAAAAAUGGUUCAUUAGACAAGUGGAUAUUUUAUUCAUUUAGUACAAGAAAUAGACUACUGGAUUGGGCGUCACGUUUUCGCAUAGCAGUUGGCACUGCACAAGGGAUAGCCUAUUUUCAUGAGCAAUGUAGGAACAGAAUAAUACAUUGUGACAUCAAGCCAGAAAACAUACUUCUGGAUGAGAAUUUCUGCCCUAAAGUAUCUGAUUUUGGACUAGCUAAGUUAAUGGGAAGAGAGCACUCUCAUGUUGUCACAAUGAUCCGAGGAACAAGAGGUUAUUUAGCCCCCGAGUGGGUCAGCAAUCGACCUAUCACUGUUAAAGCUGAUGUUUACAGCUAUGGCAUGCUUCUUCUAGAGAUCAUUGGUGGUCGGAGAAAUCUUGAUAUGACUUGUGAUGCAGACGACUUCUUUUAUCCUGGAUGGGCUUACAAGGAGAUGACUAGUGGAACACCCGUAAAAGUUGUAGAUAGGCGACUUAGAGGAGCAAUAGAAGAAAAGGAGGUAAUGAGAGCACUGAUGGUCGCCUUCUGGUGUAUUCAGGAUGAAGUGUCAAACAGGCCUUCCAUGGGGGAAGUGGUGAAGAUGUUGGAAGGAUCAGUUGACAUGAAUAUGCCACCAAUGCCACAGACAGUUUUGGAGUUAAUAGAGGAAGGCUUGGAUCAAGUAUACAAGGCAAUGAAGAGGGAACUCAAUCAGUACAGUUCCUUCUCUAUUGCUACUCAUCCAUCAUCUUAUGCUACAUGCAGUCACUCCACUAUGUCACCUAGAUAGUUGAAGCCUGAAGGUGACAUCGAACACAGUUUUUCCUAGGAUUACACAAUCGUAUCAUCAUUGAUUAUUCAUUCCCCUUCUCCCAAUAGAAGUCUGCCAAAAAAGAAAGAAAGGAACACAACCACUUUUAUAUCAUGUGUUGCUACAACACCAUACACAUUGCAAGACCUCUUGUCUUGUUAUAUUGUUAAUUUCACUCAA